AGCUAAGCUAGCUACCUAUCCGGUGUCUGCACUAGCUAACACAAGCUAACCCAACGUCCAGCAAACUGCUUUCCAGCUUGGUAUGACUUAGAAUACGUAGCCAGCACAAGUGCUUGCUUCAUAUGAUGCCGAAGCCAAUAUGACUGUUCACGUUAGCUAGCUUAGUUAACUGUGUGAGGGACGUGGAAGAAGAGAGGCGCUUGCCACUACCCACUACUACCAGCGGCUGCUACGGGUAGUCUUGACUACAGCUCCCUCCUGCUGCUAGCUGAAGUUCCUCAUCCGUCCGUGGAUGAGGUAGUUUGGCGAUUAAGCUAGCUGAAACACACCAAAGCGGUGGAUACAUGUCUACCUCUCAACCACGACACCAACGACGAAAGGGAAAUCUUGCAGUUCAUGUUUCGCCAAGAAGUCAGUGUGACGUCUUUUAUUCCAUCUUGUUCGUAUCUUUUCCAGCCCGAGAAGAGGAAUAUGUCCAGAUAUAACAUAUACAGCCUGUUGGACUGGAUUUACGGCGGGGUCGACCCAAAGUUUGAGGGCAAUGGGGGCCCCGAGUGUGCCGCCUUCAUCGCGCCCCAGCAGCGCAUCAGUGAAAGUCUGGUCAUCGUCCUCAUCUCCCUCGUGGAGAUUGGCGUGGCGAUGAAGAAAAUUAACAUUUCCAAAGAGCUCAAAGUGGUGGGGAAAGACUGCACAAGGGCAAAGGAAGACAGUCUGGGCAAGAACCUGUUGCUGGUUGCCCUUUGUAUGACUUUUGGAGUGGAGGUCGGGUUCAAAUUCGCGACCAAGACUGUGAUCUAUCUGCUGAAUCCCUGCCAUGUCAUGACCAUGAUUCAGAUCUUCCUGCUGGCCUGCCCGCCAUGCAAAACAGCAAUGGUUGUAUUUAGGCUGCAGGUGCACAUGUUGAACGGUGCAUUACUGGCUUUAAUGUUCCCUGUAGUCAACACUAGACUGCUACCAUUUGAGAAGGAGAUCUACUACAUCCAACACUCCAUGCUGUACCUGGUGCCUCUUUACCUUUUCAGGAAAGGAGGCGUGUAUAAGCCUGAACCUCUGGGGGACAUGUGGUGGGCACUGCUCUCCAACGGUAUCCUGUUCCUCUACCACUUCCUCUUCUUGCAGGUCCUUGGCCUGGUGACUGAGGUCAACCUGAACAACAUGCUGUGCCCGGCCGUGUCCGACCCCUUUUACGGGCCUUGGUACCGCGUGUGGGCGACGGGCCACCAGACCCUGCUGACCCUCCUUCACGGGAAGGUCCUCACACUCCUCUCCCAGCACACUGGCCCGGUCUGCAGAGGCCUGCUGGACACGCUCCGACUGCGCGGCAAGAAAGUUGACUGAACGUCCUGGACGGCGCAUCGACACAGACCUAGCCUUUCAUUCUAAAUGCCUGCUCUCAUCGUGGAAGUUCUUUUUUUAUUUUAGAUCAUCAUUUUAAUGCAUCUUUUAAGACUUACCCUCUGUUUUACUGAAACAAGUGAGCAUUUCAGGGCCAGUGAAUCAAUGUGUCAUUCUUUUAGUGUUGUAGUCGGCUUGCAUACAUAGUUGCAUGAACAAACUUAUAAAAGGCAUUUUAAGGCUGGUAGUUAGCGUUGUGGAGUUGGACAGAUUGAUCUUUUUGUUGUUCUUUUUUUUUGUUUUGUUUUUUUUAACACUCCCCAGACUUAUAUAAGUGAAUUUGGAGGAGAUUUCUGGAGCUGCCUUUUUGUAAAGCUGUGAGGACAGAACAUAGGAGUCCUCCAGAUCUGCAGUUGUUACACUUUCAGUUCUUUAUGUGGUAGUUAUGCUAGAUCAUAUGUUAGUGGAAAAAGCUGCCAUUUUAUUGCUCUCAAGUGCGUUUUGAAAAAGAUUGUGAACGUGAGCUGUCGUAAAAGUUAUUGCCUGUUUGUAGUCCGAGGAUUUUUGUUUGACAUGUCCGAUCGCCUCGUAGCGUUGUCAUGACUGAAAAUAGAAGCUUAUUUAUGGCGUCUGUCUGUUCCCACUGUACUACACACAUCUACAGGCUAUGAAAACAUUGUUGUACGCGGCAUCUUUUGCAUUUCUGUCUGCAGCCCGUUCAGAUCAUUCCAGUCGUGAUAAUCAGGGGACAUGAGGUUUAUUACGUGUUGCGAUUCAAAGUGACGAGUGAGGAUUUGUGGAGCUACACUGGGAUGUUAUUAUUACUUCCGCCAUGGAGGUUAUGUUUCUGUCUGUGUUAUUUUAUUGUGAUAUUGGACCAUAGUCGGUGAGGUAUUAACUUCAGUGCGUCGUUGGCACGAAUGUGACGUUUGCCAAGAUGGAGCAGAUCUUGGCGACGUGUUUCUGGGCUGGAACGAUGCAUCGUGACACUUGAAUAGAAUUUGUUGCUCGAUCCUGAAGUCGGUCUUCUAAGGCAUCCUGAAUUCACUCCACCACUCUAACUGUAACGAGUCACAGUCUGGGUUUUGUAUAAAAAAUGCAUCAGAUGAUCUGCAUGAAGUCACUUUAGGUCAUUCAUUGACGACCCAAUCGAGAAAAAAAGUAUUAACUAGCAUUUACAAUUGGAAUUUGUCAGUCAUGGUAUAUAUCAUUUCAAGUGUGAGGGAUGUGUGUAUUACUGUAGCAUAUACUGUACUUCACUGUAAAGAAGGGAUAAGACAACUUUUUGUAUUUCUAUGGAUUUGAGUGUAUGUGCUGUAUUGACAAUAAAAGUGUUUUCAGUUGAACAAAG